AUGUCACAGUUAACUAUUCAAGACUUAGAAGAUACUGUUGUAAGAUAUUUGACAGUUACUGUUAAAGACUAUAAAGCUCCUGAUGAAAGUGGAGAAUUAAUUGAUUACGGAGAUCUAGAAUUAGGCACUAAAGCUAGAAUUCCUAUGUUCGCUAGAGUAGGAGAUAUUUUAUUAGAUAUUGAACUACCUCAAAUCUAUACAGAAAAUAUUGAUUUAAGUUUUAAAUUUAAUGAAGCUAAACUCGCUUAUACUGGAACAUUAACUACUAAAGAAAUUACACCCGAAGUAUUUCUAUAUGCUAAUAAUAUUAAUCGAGAUUCUGAUUACAGAUAUUUAACUCGUUCUAAAAAUAAAGUACGCUUAGAAGACUUUACUAAAUCUUUUAAAAUAACUAAUAAUAUCAUUCGUCCUUUAGGAUUAUGUGAAUAUGGAUUCUAUAUUUUAUAUAGUUUCGAGGAUGAUACUUUUAAACUUUAUAACUAUUCGACUUUAGAUAAUAUUGAAUAUCAAUUAUUUAACCGUAAUGAGUACUCUGCGUUGAUACCACUGCUUGAAACUGAAUCUACUUAUCCUAAGCGUAAUUAUACGGAUAUUCCUCAAUGGGAUACUUUAACUUUAGCAAUUGCUAAUAAAUCUAACCCUACUGAAGAAGAUUAUAAAAUUUUAAAUUAUCACAAUACUGCUUUUAAAUUAGAUUUACAAAACGAACCUGAUAUUACUUUCGCUAUUUAUUAUUACGAUGAAGAAUCUAAACCUAAUAACGAUAUUUUAAUGAAUACUCCAGUAGAACAGAUUUUUGCUCCGUAUAUUGUAGAAAAGACAGAUCGUUCGGCACAAAUUGUAUCAUCUGUACCUAGUAAUUACAAACAUACGCUUCUUUUAAAAGCAUUUACUACUUCAGAUAAUAACAACAAUCAUAUAUUCUGUAACUGGGAAGUAAGCGAUAAAGAUGUUGAACAAUGGACUACUUUAGAAGAAUUCAUUUCUAAAAAUAAAGGUGUAUUACCUUUAUAUAGUCUUACUGUACCUGAUACUACAGGAGAAUCUAAAGAAUCUUUACGAGAUAUUUCUAAAUACAUUAUUUCUAAGACUGUAGUUCCAUUUAAUCUAAAAGAUGGACUAGAUAUUUUAAAAGAACGUCCUGAUGUUCAAACUAUUUUUAACACUUCUUUAGAUAAGCGCUUUAAGUUUAAUGUCUAUUAUUAUAACAAUACUGAAAGCUUAGAAACUUUAGUACAUUACUUAGACUUUGUACCGUUUAUUAAUCAAAGUGUUAAAGAUCCUUUACAAAUGGUUACCCUACCUUAUCAAGGAGCAAUCUCUUAUGCUACAACUAACACUUAUGUAACUACUAGAGAAUCCUUUAUGCUUGGCGCUGCAAUUAAUAAUAGUUUCUCACCUAAUCCAGAUAAGAAAUCUAUUAUUGAUUUUUAUAAAGAUGCUGCGUUUAAGAUUAAGAUUACUAUUAUUAAAGACACUGAAGCUAAAGAACCUCGUACUGAAUCUACUUCAGUCAUUCCUAAUGUUAAGUUACGUGUCAAUGAUAUUUCAGAUUUAGUUUGUGAAAAUGUCAUGUUUUAUACUGUAGAUGAAGAAACUAAAUUAGAUACUCCUAUAUUAGUAGAUUUAAGUUCUUACACUAAAGAUUUAAAAGAACCUACUACUUUCAAGAUAUCAUUUGAAAUAUCUUAUGCAGAUAUUGAUGAUAAUGAUGUAGAACAUAUUAAAACUAAAAAUGUCACUCGUACAUUAGAUGUUAUUUAUAACUUCUAUCCUAACAAAGAAUUCUUAGUUUUACCUGUUGAAGGAUAUUUAAAUCAAGAAAAAGAAGAAUCUGAAUUUAAUAAACUUAUUAAAAGUUUAUAUUGUCAAAAUCCUUUACUUGAAAAACCUGUCACUUUAAAAACUACUGAACAAUCAUUUAAACUAACUCACACUACUGAAGAUGGCGAUGUCACUCAAGACCUAUUUACAUUAAAACAAGCACAAGAGUUUUAUCAAAAUGUUAAAGAUGAUAAAGACGUAGAUAUUAUACAUAAAGUGUCAAACGAUAUUCCUGAAUAUUCUGAAGACGAUAUCCUUUUAUUAGGAUAUGCUGUUUUAGCUACUCCUUGUUAUUUUAAAGACCACCUUAAUGAUCAAUAUGAUUAUGAAGGAGGAUAUGGAAAAUCCUAUCAGUUAAAAGCAUUAGAAGAAUCUACUUUAUCUAAAAAACCAUAUUCUACAAAUAUAGUCUGUCCUGAACUUUGGGGUACUCCAUCUUAUAAUUAUGCAUAUUACGGAUCAGGUAUCAUCCCAACAUCGUUCGUUUCAGAUAAGACACGUGAAUCUGGCGCAGCUGAUAUUCCUGGGUACUAUUGUGGCGCUAGUAUUGACUGGGGUUCACCACAAGCAGGCACUCAUCAAAUAGAUGGCGUUUUUAUUGGAGAUACUCGUAGAAUGUAUACUUAUAAGCAUCAUUGGUGUAAUGCUUCAAGUAAUUUUUUCAAAUAUGCUACAGACGAAACUACUGGAGAAAUGUAUCUUACACAAGAAUCUUUAACUAAUAUAAUUGAUGGAUUUAAAAAUAGUACACGUAAACUCUAUAAAAUACAUAGACCAGGAAACCCAUGGUAUGCUGAUAUAACCAAAACUGAGAAUGAUGCAGAUAUUACACAACCAUGGCUACCUGUUACUGGAAAUGACGAUGAACAUGGAUUAGGAAGUACAGAAGGCGAUGAAGCUGCUGGAACAACUAGAUGGGAAGAUAUUUUAACUACUAUUAAAAAAUGUAAAACAAGUAAAUUAGAUAGUAGUGACAUAAAUCCACAUUACUUUACUUCUAAAUGUAUAUCAGAAAUGACUAAAAGUAAUGAAGCAGCUAAAAACUUCUAUAUUCAACUCUAUACCUGGGGAUAUAAUCUUUGCCAUCACAAAUUUAAGACUUUAGGUAACCAUCAUACUCAUCCAGAUACUGGCAUGGAGUACGAUGAUUAUUGGGAUUUAAACACGCCUUUAAAUCAAUUUGUUUUAGAGUAUACUUAUAAAGCGGAAGUUAUUAAUAACUCUAAACAUUUCCAAAAAUGCUUUAUUGGAUUAUUAAAUAAUAAAACUCAAGGUAUCGCACAAUUUAUUAAAAGAGCAAAUUUAGUUUUAGCAAAAGCUGAAGAAAAAACUCCUUACGGUACUAUUACUUUUAACGGUAUUGAAAUAGCAAAUACUGAUAAACCUAAAGUUUUAAAUAUAGAUACUUCAGAUACUCCUUACAGUGGACAAUUAGUUGCUAUAGACGAUUUUACUGAUGCUUCUAUUCCUAAUUUUAAUCUUUCUGAAGGAACUUCUACAAUUGAAGUACAUUUUAAAUUUAAAUUUACAUCGGAUGUUACUCCAGGAACUUUCUCAGAAUUUAAAACUUAUAAAGCAUUAAAAUUAAUGGCUAAUUUAUAUGUACCUAAUAUUUGUAUAUUUACUACUUCUAAUAAUUUACUUUUACAAGAUAUAGACUAUGAAGUUAAAGAAGGUGAUUUAAAUUGGGAGAAUGCUAAUGAUAAAGGACCAGAUGUAGAUCCUAGAUACAAUGAUUUAAACUCUAAUAUAGAUGAUGACAUACUAUCUAAUCAUUGGUGUAAUACUCCAGUAUACUUUAAUCAUAUAAGUGAAGAAAUUCAUCGUACAAUUGAAUUUAAAGAUGGAAUUAUUGAUAUAGAUAUUAAUAACCAUGGACCUUUAAACUUCUGGCUAGAUCCUACUUUAGGAACUAUUCUUACAUCUACCGCAAUAUUAAUUUCAAGUAAAGAGUAUCGUUUUGAUAAUUCUACUAAGACUUUAGUUGCGUUAAAUAAUACUGAACAACCUAAACUAUUAGAAUUAAAUAAAGAAACAGACGAUUUAGCUACAUCUAGAUUCCUACAAAACCGCUACUGGAUUUGGGGAAUCCAGAAUUAUGAAAACUCAAUUUACUAUUCUAAAGCAGGUAGUUAUGAAUUCCCAGCUUUAAAUGAAAUUAAGUUUACAGGCGAUGUUACUCAAGUUAUAGAAUGGCGUAAUUAUAUCUUAGUAUUUACUACUAAAUGUAUUUACUUAUUAUCUUACGACAUAGCUACAGAUACUUAUAACUCGAAACUAAUUCAUGCUAAUGAAGGAAUUCCAAGAGAAUUUGCAAGAACUGUCAAAACAAUCCUUAAUGGAAUUAUCUUCCGUGGAUAUUCAGGUCAAGUAUAUAAACUCAUUCCAAAUCAAUAUUCAUCCAGUGAUAACAUCUUAAAUAUCAAGAGAUUAUCCGAUGGGGUUGAAGAACUCUUAGAAGAUGAAUAUUAUUCAAAUGCUGAAGGAGUUCGCUAUACUUCAUUCGCAUUCUCCGAUAGUGAAAAUUACAAAUUAUUUAUUGUUAUUAAACCUAAAGAACUAUUAGGAUAUACAAUAUGCUUUACAUAUAAUUAUGUAAAUAAUACCUGGACUAAACAACAAUAUAAUAAUAUCGAAGCGGUUGGUGUCAGCGAAGUUGAAGGUAUUCCAUAUUUAAUUGUAGGAAAUAAUAAACACUUCGAGUUCUAUAAGACUAGUUUAUGGAUUACUGGCAAUAUUAAAUAUGAAGACUACAUUGACAAGACUAAAGACGAACUUACUGUAGAUAUUGAUGGUGAUCCUAUCCCAUUCGAUAUAGAAUUUGGACAAAAAGCGUUAAAGUAUUCUACUAUUAAAUCCUAUUUAGAAACUAGAAUUCAUUUAGCGACUCUUAGUGAAAAGGAUUAUUUCCCAUUCGAUGUUACUGUUUGGACUGAUGGCAUUAAACGUAUCUGUACUAAGAAACAGAAAGAUAUUGCUAGACCUUUAGAUCCAAAUUCACAUUCUUCAUUUACAAAAGAUACGGAGAAUGAUAUACUUUCAUUGUCUAAAAAUAAUACUUUAUACACCGCAGAAGAUGAUUCUGCUAAAGAUACAGUAAGACAGUACAUCUUAAAAUACUCAGGACAAGGACGUACGAUUAACUUCAAGAUUGAAGUAGAGAUUUACCAAAGAAAUAAGGAGGUAUUUAUGAAAAACUAUCUAGAAAGAAAAACUAAAAACAGUGGGAAUGUUACAUUAGAAGAAUGGAACGCUCUUAUUGAUGAAAUUAAUCACAUCUCAGCUUCUUAUGAUGAUUCCGAAUAUCUACAUAGAAGUAAAGAUGAUAAGAUUGACAGUAAUAAAACUAUUGUUGGUCUUAAAUAUUCAUAUGGCGCUAAAAGUGAAGAUAGCGAUACUCCUCUUUACUCAUCUUCAUUAGAUUCUAAAGGUCUUACAAUUGCUGCUUCUGAUCGUAUUAAAUACUUUAAUGAUAGAAUCAUUCUUCAUUACGGAUCAAAUAAUGAAGAUACAUAUUUCUUUGAACCUCAAGGUCCUAAUAAAGAUGAUUACACUAAAACUAUUAUCCGUGGAAAAGAUAUUACUGCUGCUCAAUUUAAAGCAGGUGAUGGUAUUAAAAUCACAGACGAAUAUCCUAAAGAAAUUAGUGUAGAUACUGAUUUCGUUGCUACUUUAGAAAAACUUAAUAAAGAAGUUUCAGAUCGUAAAGAAGCUGAUAAAGCUUUAGAUAAACGUUUAUCUUACGAAGAACAACUUCGUAGUCAUGAAAUUAGUAGUUUAAAUUCAAAUUUAGGUAAAGAAAUUGCUAACCGUAGAGAUGAGGUUACACGUCUAGAUUCUAAAAUUGAUACUGAAUCUCAAUCUCGUACUGAAGGAGAUACUAAACUUCAAGAAGGUUUAGAAGCUGAAGCUAAAUCUCGUUCAGAUAAAGAUGUAGAUUUACAAGCUCAAAUUGAUGCUUUAUCAGGACAACAAAUUGUUGUAGACAUUGUUGCAACAUAUACAGAUUUAAUCGCUUACGAUACUUCAACUUUAACACAAGGACAAAAUGUCCAAGUUUUAAACGAUGAAACUCAUGAAGGUGCUAUGUCCUAUUAUAAAUUUAUAGGAGGCACUGGAGCAGAAGCUUGGGAAUUCUUA